GUGCAUUUGGCCUUCACCAUGAUUUGCAAACCGCUCCUUGAAAUUGUGUUGGUGCUGCUGGCUUCUUCCACUGUCUUCUCCCUAGAAGCGAAACUGAUUCUCUUCCAAUCAAGAAUGAACACAAGAAGUUUACAACUACUAAAUAAUUUGCAAAUUUCAUCAAUCCAGCAGUGUCUACCCCACAGGAAAAAUUUCCUGCUUCCUCAGAAGUCUGUGGCUCCUUACCAGUAUCAAAAAGGACAUGUACUUGCAGUUAUUCAAGAGAUUCUUCAACAAAUCUUCAGCCUCUUCCAAGCAAAUGUUUCUCUAGUCAGUUGGGAGGAAAACUACAUAGAGAAAUUUCUCACUGUACUUCACCAACAGCUGGAAUACACAGAAUCACUCCUGGAACUGGAGGCAGAGGAGAGAACUGGUGCCUUGAGUGUGAGGAACCUUAGAUUAAAGAUUAAAGCAUACUUCAGAAGGAUCCAUGAUUACUUGGAAAAUCAUGGGUACAGCAGCUGUGCCUGGAUCAUUGUUCAGGUAGAAAUCAACAGGUGUCUGCUCUUUGUGUUCAGACUGACAGGAUGGCUGAGCAAACAAGAAACAGACCCUUGAACACUGUGAAGCAAGAACUGGCAAUAAGUUUGAAAAGCAUAGGUGUCAGAGCACUAGAAUGUGUAUGAGCACCCUUAUUUCUUUUUAUUAUAAAGUAACACUGUUCUGUUUGUAUAUGUAUGUUUAUCUGUGCUUUAGGAUUGUGUAAAUUAACCACAGUUAUUUUCAUUUUGUUAUACCAUGUUAUAUGUUCUAUCCAUUUUAAAGUGCUUGUGAAUUACAAUUAAUUCAUUAAAAUC